AUGGCAGCCUUUUCCUCAAUUCAGCACCACCAUCCUUUUCCCCUUGACUCAUCACUUCUCCUGUCAAACACUUGUAUCAUCAAUAAUAAUAAUAAUAAUAAUAAUAGUUUUGACCAGCCAAACAAUCCAUUUUCACCAAUUCCUCUAUUUCACCAAAUUCAAGAAAACCCCCAAAAUCUUGACCAGAUUAGUAAUAAAGUCUUCUCAUCAGGGCCUAGCACUAAUAAUAAUGAGGCCUCUGUUAUGAAUGUGACUAACAAAAAUAGCACUACAACUAUGGACUCCUCCUUAGUCACUCAAAAGGUGAGCAAUCUCAAUAUGGACAACAACCAAAACAACAAGAGAAAGUCCAAGGAGGAUGGCUCUUCUGCAAAUUCUGCUCAAUUUAAGAGGGAAAUGAAAGGAAAGAAGCAAAAGAAAAUGAAAAAUGACAUUGGUGAAGAAAAGAAGAAGAAGAGCAAAGAAGAAAAGAAAGCAGCAGAAAAAGAAGGUCCAAUAGGAUACAUUCAUUUGAGGGCUAAAAGGGGUCAGGCCACAGACAGCCAUAGCCUUGCUGAGAGGGUUACUGGGAAGGCCCUCAUGUUGGAUGAGAUUAUCAACUAUGUCCAGUCCCUUCAAAAUCAAGUGGAGUUUUUAUCAAUGAAGCUUGCUUCUUUAAAUCCCAUGUGUUAUGACUUUGGGAUGGACUUAGACGCAUUCAUGAUGAGGGCUGAUCAGGACUUGAGCAACUUGAGCUCACAAUUACCAAGCAUGCAAGCAUGCAGCCCCACAAUAGCCAAUAACUAUCCAAUCUUGGAUAGCUCUGCCAAUUAUUUUAUGUUCCAACAAGCCCAAAUUCCAAAUCUUCUCCCUCAGGUUUGGAAUUAAGGAAUUGUAUUGCAAUUAAAGCCCAAAAGAAUGGAGCAAAUGAUACUAAAGUUUCUAAAUAUUCCAAGUAAUAUAUUCUAGAGAUAGAUCCUCAAAGUCCAAGUUCAAUUAAUCUGAUGAAUAAAGGGGCAUAGUCAUAUAAGCAAACUCGAUGGACACAAAAGAGGACUAUACAUUGUUUUCUAGCAGACCAAAUAAAGACCAUAUCUUUAUCAGAUCCUGUAAUUUGUUCCAUAUGCAUAUGGCAGAACAAAUUCCUGCAAAUUGCUUAUAAUAUGUUAUUAAGCAUUGAAGUAUUGA